GGGAAAAGCUUCAGUAAAAAGCCAUGUCUUGUUAUACACCAGAGAGUGCACACAGGAGAGAAACCAUAUAAGUGCCUUCAGUGUGGGAAAAGUUUCAGUCGGAGUUCAGACCUUACUGUACAUCAGACACUGCACACGGGCGAGAGACCAUAUAGAUGCUUUGAGUGUGGGAAAAGUUUUAGUAGGAAGUCACAUCUUACUACACAUCAGAUAACGCACACAGGAGAGAGACCUUAUAAAUGCCAGGAGUGUGGGAAAAGUUUUAGUCAGAAGUCAAAUCUUACUGUACACCAGAGAGUUCACACAGGAGAGAGACCCUUUAAAUGCCUUAAGUGUGGGAAAAGUUUCAUUCAGCACUCAGUCUUUACUGAGCAUCAGAGAAUCCGCACUGGUGACAAACCCUAUAAAUGCCUCGACUAUGGGAAAAGUUUUUUGGAAAGUUCAUCCCUUAUUAAACAUGGACGAAUCCACUUGGGAGACAAACCCUACAAAUGCCUCGAGUGUGGGGAAACUUUCAGUCAAAGCUCACACCUUACUCAACUUGGGAGAAUCCACACAGGAGAAAGACCCUAUAAAUGCCUUGAGUGUGGGAAAAGUUUCAUUCAGCACUCAGUCUUUAUUAAGCAUCAGAAAAUCCACACUGGUGAGAGACCCUAUAAAUGCCUUGACUGUGGGAAAAGUUUUGUUGUCAGCACAAGACUUACUAUACAUCAGGCAAUCCACACAGGAGAGAGACCCUUUAAAUGCCUUGAGUGUGGGAAAAGUUUUAUUCAGAAGUCACAUCUUACAAUACACCAGAGAGUUCACACAGGAGAGAGACCCUUUAAAUGCCUUAAGUGUGGGAAAAGUUUUAGGCAAAGUUCAUCCCUUACUAAACAUGGGAGAAUCCACACAGGAGAGAAACCCCAUAAAUGCCUGGAGUGUGGGAAAACUUUCAGUCUGCGCUCAAACCUUACUAAACAUGGGAGAAUCCACACAGGAGAGAGACCAUAUAAGUGCCUUCAGUGUGGGAAAAGUUUCAGUCGGAGUUCAUACCUUACUGUACAUCAGACACUGCACACGGGCGAGAGACCAUAUAGAUGCUUUGAGUGUGGGAAAAGUUUUAGUCAGAAGUCACAUCUUACUAUACACCAGAGAGUUCACACAGGAGAGAGACCCUUUAAAUGCCUUAAGUGUGGGAAAAGUUUUAUGGAAAGUUCAUCCCUUACUGAACAUGGGAGAAUCCACACAGGAGAGAGACCUUAUAAAUGCCAGGAGUGUGGGGAAAGCUUCAAUAGGAGCUCAAAUCUCACCAAACACCAGAAAAUCCACAAAGGUGAGAGACCCUAGAAAUAGCUUGACCGCAGGAAAAGAUUCCAUUUGACUUCACGCAUCAGUGAUCAAUACAACAGAGAGAACUUGAAUGUGAGGGAAGCUUCAUUUGGUGUUUCCAGAGUAUCAGGGAUCCACAAAUCCGCCCAGGGAAGAAACAUCUGAGACGUUCUGAGUAUGGAAAAUGCUCCAAGUGGAGCUAACCCUGCACUGGACAUAAGAGACUCCUCCAUACAGCAGGGAAAUUCUCUGAGUGCCCUGACUACGACUGGCCAUGAUGACAAAGCUGUUUCCUCGUUCCCACACACAUCAGGGGUGUUUGGCUCCCAAGGAUCCAGCAGCAGCAGCUGGUCAGUGACCCUCUGGCUCUGCCUGGUCUAAGCAAACCCCAGGCAGAGGAGAAGCAGCCCCGAUCAGCCCCUCCUCCCUGCUGCAGCCCUGGCAGCUGAGCAGAUAAGCCAAAGAUGGGGGAAGGAAGAGAGAGAAACUCCUCUGGACGCUCCCUGUUUGGCUGAAGUUCCCCCCUCUUCCUUCCCCUCCCAGCUGGGAUCUCCCUGUCAUGGAGAGGAAGAGAAGGAUACUUGGGUCAGGCCCCAUCUUCACUCUAAGCACUGGUCCCCACCCCCCAUCUUCUACUACUUCCUGGGCUGGGCUCCCCACUGACCUGGAGCUGUUCUCUGCAGGAGGAGUGUCCCGGGGGCUGGUAAC